GUACUCUUUUACCCAUGUAAAUGGACGGUUCGUCUAGCAGCGUUCCUCUCGACGAUUGUCUUGCUGCAUUGCGAUGACCCAAUUAAGAGGGAUGUCCACCGUAUAAUUUCCUGUAAGAUACAGUGUAUAAUCGGAGCAACGUAUCGUGAAAACAAGCCUGUAUGUACGAUGCUCAAGACCCGAUAAACUCAACAGGGAAUGAAGUGGGUUCAUCGAUAGUUAUCCUAAGAUUGGCCUUUAAGAAUCUCAGGCUUGCAUAUUCUGGCCUUAAGCUUCUCAGCCCAGCGGCAACACCCGAUGCGUCGUGCUCGACCCAAGGCCCCCCGCAUUCGAGUAAUAAAGCGUAAACCCAAGCCAUCAAAUGUCAAACCCAACCAAAUUUAUGAUGAGGAUGUACUUCGGUGGCGGCGCAUGUUCACGGACGAAGAAGCAAUCGUCGCUGCUCGGCUGGCGGGCCCUGGCUUGCCUGGGCUUGCAACAUGCCCGUCACCUCCUGCCAUAUCUCCUGAAGCCGCCACCAACACCCUGCAAUACGUCAACACACUCCAGGAGGAAGGCCGCCACGCGAUUUUCAAGCACUGUGGCAUGGUUGCCAGGAACGAGCGAACGUUGCUGGAGGGCCAGGAGCGGCUCAAAUACGUGCAGGCCCAGGUCAUGGCGAUGAAGGCCCGGCUACCACCGCAGCCUCCGCCAAGACCGAGGAAUCCGUCAGAAAGAGGACCCGACGUCACCGCGGUGCCCAUUCCCCAGCCCACGUGCUGGGCCUCCUGCUGCGGACUGUUCCCCCUGCCUCCUCCCCCGCCUCCCUCACCACCGCCACCCGCACUCCCCCGCCAACUCAUCAUCCAGCUUCCCAACCCGUCGUACUUUGAGGAAGCUGCUCGGAGGGAAAUGGCCGUCAGGAGGGUGCUGGCGGAGCAGCAGCAGCAGCAGCAGCAGCCAGAAGCUGCAGCCACUACCGUCUCUAGCAACGGCGGCGCCGCAGUUUCCGCUGCCCCCGGGCUCACGGCAGUGGGACAUGUAUCACAAUCAGUUGGUGGUGCGAGUGAGGCGCUGCCGCCGCCGGCGGUGGCACCAGCGGCGGCGGCAGUGAAUGAGGCCUCAGGGCAAAUGGAUGUCGUACAGGCCGCACAGCUCCCGGGACAGCUGGAUAUGUUGGCAGCAGGAGGGCAGCCGGCCGCCCUUCCGCCACCGCUACUGCCGCCGCCGGCUGCCCUUCCGCCACCACCGGCUGCACCACUUGCACCGCUACUCGGGAAAGCCCCGGGCGGCCCCCAGUCAUUGCUGCGGCCACUGGCACAGCUGCCGCCGCUGGCGCGUCCCGCCGGCAUUGGUGGUGGUGGCAAUGGUGGCGGGGCUGGCUCAGCGGCACACAGGGCAUCUGUGCUACCCGCACUGCGGGCGCCGCUGUCAGACGCCGCCAGUGAAGGCGCGGUGCCACCCUCUCCCAACAUCCGCACCUCCGCCACUGCUGCCACCGCUGCCGCCGCCGUUAAAAGCUCCCAAGUGGCGUCAUUGCAAGAGGAGCGCGUUGGUAUGGAACCAUCACCCACCUACGACCUAACCCGUUACCAGGAUCCAGAAUCUAUUAAGAAGAUAACACGGAUCCAGGCCGUACAGCGGGGCCGAAUGGCUCGGCGGCAGGUGCUUGGCAUGCGGGAACAGAAGCGGCAGCAACAGCAGGAUCCAGAAUCUAUUAAGAAGAUAACACGGAUCCAGGCCGUACAGCGGGGCCGAAUGGCUCGGCGGCAGGUGCUUGGCAUGCGGGAACAGAUGAAACAGCUCAACGGUGGCGAUGGUGGCGGCGAUGGUGGCCAUCAGGGGUAUGCUGCCGUGGCGAGGGAGUAG